GUCAACAGUGCUGUCAAUUUCCAACAUGGCAGAAUGUCGCUAGCGCUUGUGUCAUGUGACGGUGGAAAAUACGCCGUUUCCGCGCCAGCAGUGACGAUUUCGUGCACGAGAACAUUGUAAAUACCGCGCCGGGUGGCCGCCAUGGAAAUGGCGGAGGUGACGGCGUCGCAGCCGCCGCCGAUCGGCGACAUCAAGCAUCCCGAAGAAGUGAUUAAGAUGACUGUGAAUGAUAAACUUAAGUUUGCCGUGCUGAUUGGAUUCAUCGAAGUCGGGCAGGUGUCCAACCGGGAAGUCGUCAACACCGUCCUGCAAUUGUUGGUCGGCGGAGAGUUUGACAUGGAGCUCAAUUUCGUCAUACAAGAUGCUCAAAACAUCCGCCACAUGCUGGAGCUGCUCGAUCACUGCCCACCGAAUUUACAGGCCGAAAUAUGGAGCGUCUUCAUUGCCAUCCUAAGGAAGAGCGUUCGCAAUCUGCAGGCGUGCACCGACGUCGGCCUCAUCGAGCACGUCCUGAAACGGCUUCGCAAUGCCGACCUCGUCGUCGCAGAUUUAUUAAUAGAGAUGCUGGGAGUUCUUGCCAGCUAUAGUAUAACUGUAAAAGAAUUAAAACUGCUCUUUGGCGCAAUGAAAGCGGUCAACGGAAAAUGGCCGCGACAUUCAGCAAAGCUGCUUAACGUCCUGCGCCAGAUGCCGCAACGAUCGGGCCCGGACGUCUUCUUCAGCUUUCCGGGCCGCAAGGGAUCGGCUAUCGUUUUGCCACCGUUGGCAAGAUGGCCGUAUGAGAAUGGCUUUACGUUUACCACGUGGUUUCGCCUGGAUCCCAUCAAUUCGGUGAACAUUGAACGCGAAAAACCGUAUUUGUAUUGCUUCAAAACGAGCAAGGGGGUCGGCUACACCGCUCACUUUGUCGGUAAUUGCUUGGUAUUGACGUCGAUGAAGAUUAAAGGCAAGGGUUUCCAGCACUGCGUCAAGUACGAGUUUCAGCCGCGCAAGUGGUACAUGCUAGCGGUGGUGUACAUCUACAACCGAUGGACGAAGAGCGAAAUUAAGUGUCUCGUCAACGGGCAGCUGGCGUCGAGCACGGAGAUGGCGUGGUUCGUCAACACGAACGAGCCAUUCGAUAAAUGUUACAUUGGAGCGACACCAGAAUUGGACGAGGAACGCGUUUUCUGCGGUCAGAUGUCCGCCAUUUAUCUUUUUAGUGAAGCCAUCUCGACGCAUCAGAUUUGCGCGAUGCAUCGCCUCGGACCGGGUUACAAGAGUCAAUUUCGCUUCGACAACGAGUGCCACUUAAGUUUACCCGACAAUCAUAAACGGGUGAGUGACGCGAGCGGCGGCGACGAAGGCGCGCUGCCUCCAGCCGUCGCCGACGCCGACCCGGCCUCCAGCCAGAUUCAGAUUCCGAAUGCAUCCGAUGCACGUUCCGUUCUCUACGACGGGAAAUUGUCCAGUGCGAUUGUGUUCAUGUACAAUCCGGUGGCGACCGAUAGUCAGUUGUGUCUGCAGUCGGCACCGAAGGGCAACAUUUCUUAUUUUGUUCACACACCGCACGCAUUGAUGCUACAAGACGUGAAAGCAGUGAUAACGCAUUCCAUCCACAGCACGCUGAACUCGAUCGGCGGCAUUCAGGUUCUCUUCCCGUUGUUUUCCCAACUGGAUUCACCUUACGAGUGUGCCACUACGACGGAUUCAAAGCGCGACUCGACCUUAUGUUCCAAGUUGCUCGGAUUUAUCUGCGAACUGGUCGAAACCUCGCAGACGGUGCAGCAGCACAUGAUUCAGAAUCGUGGCUUCCUCGUCAUCAGCUUCAUGCUGCAGCGCUCGUCCAGGGAGCACUUGACCAUCGAUGUGCUCGGCUCGUUUCUCAGCCUCACCAAACACCUCGUCACCUGUUUGAGCGCCAACAGCGAGUUGCUUUUGAAACAGUUAUUUUGCUUCUCGUUCCUGACGUGGCAGCUCCUGGACCAUGUGCUCUUCAAUCCGGCGCUGUGGAUCUACACGCCCGCGCCGGUGCAAUCGAAGCUCUACUCGUAUCUGGCCACCGAGUUCCUAUCGGACACGCAAAUCUAUUCGAACGUCCGGCGCGUCUCCACCGUGCUGCAGACGGUCCACACGCUCAAGUAUUACUACUGGGUGGCUAAUCCCAGGUCCAAGAGCGGCAUCACUCCCAAGGGAUUAGAUGGUCCCCGGCCGGCUCAAAAGGACAUCCUCGCUAUACGCGCGUACAUCUUGCUCUUCCUGAAGCAGCUAAUCAUGAUCGGCAACGGAGUCAAGGAUGAUGAGCUUCAGAGCAUACUGAAUUAUUUGACUACAAUACACGAAGAUGAAAAUCUCCACGAUGUCUUACAAAUGUUGAUCUCUCUGAUGUCGGAGCAUCCUUCGUCGAUGGUACCGGCGUUUGAUUGCAAGCACGGCGUCCGAACUAUAUUUAAACUGUUGGCAUCCGAGAGUCAAUUAAUUAGGCUGCAGGCACUGAAAUUGCUCGGUUUCUUCCUCAGUCGGAGCACGCACAAGCGGAAAUACGACGUAAUGAGCCCUCACAACUUGUACACCCUAUUAGCGGAGCGCCUGCUGCUCAACGAGGAAUGCCUCUCUUUGCCCACGUACAACGUGCUCUAUGAAAUAAUGACGGAACAUAUUAGUCAGCAGAUUUUGUACACUAGACAUCCGGAACCGGAAUCGAAUUUUCGUCUCGAGAAUCCAAUGAUUCUUAAAGUUGUUGCGACGCUUAUAAGACAGUCGAAACAAAAUGAACAACUACUCGAAGUGAAGAAGUUAUUUUUGAGUGACAUGACACUGUUAUGCAACAAUAAUCGCGAAAACCGUCGCACUGUGCUGCAAAUGUCCGUUUGGCAGGAGUGGCUGAUUGCGAUGGCGUACAUCCAUCCGAAGAACAGCGAGGAGCAGAAACUAUCCGACAUGGUCUACUCGCUCUUCCGCAUGUUAUUGCAUCACGCCAUUAAAUACGAAUACGGCGGAUGGAGAGUAUGGGUGGACACGCUCGCCAUUGUCCACUCAAAGGUCUCGUACGAAGAGUUUAAACUGCAGUUUGCGCAAAUGUACGAGCACUACGAGCGCCAACGCGCCGAUAACAUCACCGACCCGCUCGUAAGACAGCAGCGACCCAUCAGCACGAUAUCCGGCUGGGAGCAACAAAACGAAACGGUUGCCAAUGGGUACCAUGACGAGGGCAAGUGGAGCAACUCAAGCGCCGCACUUCAAGAGAUUGACCAGGCAUCGGAGAAAACUGAACCGAUGUGCAAUUGCGAAUUAAAUACGCCAAUCUCCCAGGGUAGUCCGUCGUCCUUUAUGACAAAGCGCGACGAUAGUGAGGGUGUUUCCUUAGAUUCGAGGACUAGUGAUUUGUACAGUGACGUUAAAUUAGGCAAAGAGUCACCAUUGUCUCCGGAAUCAUCAACGAAAUCGUCCCCUAUCUGCAAUGGUGUCCACUCUGAAAGCUGUACAUCAGUGACGUCUGAAAAACAUCCCGAAGACGAAGAGGAUGAAGACGAUCCUAAAGCCAAAAUUAUUGAAGAGAUUGUCGAGGAAAUUCUACUGAAGAGCGAGAAAAUGUUGGAGAUUGUUGCUCAAGAUGACGGUACACUGUCCCCCGUAGUGCAGGAUGAAGAAAUCGUCCAAGCCGUAAACGAGGUUGUGAAUAAUGUGAACGAAGCAGAGUGCGAUGAGAAACCGUGUUUGCCCUCUUCGCCCGAGAACAGUCCGAAGAAAGACGUGAGCAUUUCCGUUAUCGAUUCUAAAAUGGCGGAGAUAAUUCCAACCAGUCCGGAGAAGGAUAGCGAUCUAUCGGAAAGGUAUCAAACACCGACGGACUUGAGCGAAACCGAACGGAAGGAGGAGGACGAGCCAUCGAAAGAUAUUCCAGGUGAAAUAGUUGAAAAGGAUGAGGCAGAAACAGUUGCCGUUGAGAGUAAUGAAGCAGCCGAGAGUGAAAAGGAACCAGCGCCCGAGCAAGCGCAAAUACUUAACGAUGUGCCAAUUGUUGAUAAUAGUGCUGUGUCUGUAGAUUUAGAGCCGUCCAAUGUUGAAUCUAGUCAUAGCGAAGAGACGAAAAUUCAAUCAAACGCCGACGAAGAAGUGUCGGAGGUCGAGAAGAUCUCGACGAUAUCGCAAAUAUGUGAUCCUAGUCAUUAUCCGACAAGUACUGAGACGGGCAGCAGCGAGCCCUCUGUGGCCGACAGCCCUCUAAUAUCUGCCGAAGAGAUAAAACGACGCAACAGUCUACCGCCAAACCCGUCGGAUCUACCGCCGGAAGUCAAUGGCGAGAGUGUAGCGCAUGCAUCGCCACAGAAACGACCACGCAGUGCGUCUACAUCCACACAGGUGGAACCGAAUCAUUUUGACGCCAAACGCAAAUCCGGUUCGGCAUCCACUCGUCCGAUGUUUAGUCCGGGCCCUACGCGUCCGCCGUUCCGCAUUCCGGAAUUCAAAUGGUCUUAUAUUCACCAGCGGCUGUUAUCCGAUGUGUUGUUCUCGCUCGAAACCGAUAUUCAAGUGUGGCGAUCACACUCGACCAAAUCGGUGCUCGAUUUCGUUAACAGCAGCGAUAAUGCGAUCUUCGUGGUGAACACGGUCCAUUUAAUAUCGCAGCUGGCGGAUAAUCUGAUUAUCGCUUGCGGCGGGCUGUUGCCACUCCUCGCCUCUGCAACAUCUCCAAAUAGUGAAUUGGAUGUAAUCGAGCCGACUCAAGGUAUGCCCAUUGAAGUGGCAGUGUCGUUCUUGCAACGACUCGUCAAUAUGGCGGACGUGUUAAUUUUCGCCAGUUCGUUAAACUUUGGCGAACUGGAAGCCGAAAAGAAUAUGUCCUGCGGUGGUAUAUUACGGCAAUGUUUACGAUUGGUGUGCACUUGUGCAGUCCGUAAUUGUCUGGAGUGUAAAGAACGAAGCCGGCCGCAUCACACUCUUGCACAGCCACAUAAUGCUAAUCACAAGUCCGCACAUUUACAAUCUUUCAUCCGAGGCGUUCACAGCUCACCAAAGAAUAUCGCGGAAAACUUGUCGAAUGUCUCCAGUCCUGUGAAGGACCCCGAAAAGUUGCUGCAGGACAUGGACGUCAAUCGUCUUCGGGCGGUCAUCUACAGAGAUGUGGUGAGAACGUUCGCACAGGAGGAGACGAAACAAGCGCAGUUUCUGUCACUGGCGAUCGUCUAUUUCAUCUCAGUGUUGAUGGUGUCCAAAUACCGAGAUAUACUUGAACCACCCGUGACGAUACGAGCGCCUAGUCCUGUCCCAGCCAUCAGAAGUAAUGGUCCCCAUCAUGCGGAUAGUCCCCAAGAGGGAAGUGCGAGACCCCUAUUCCCGCAGUGGUCACAUCACGUCUAUCCGCAAUUCUUACCAGGCUCACAUCCUAAUGCGGCGCAACCGCCCUAUCAUAAUUAUCCGCGUCAUAGACACUCCUAUGUCAAACAUCACUAUAAUAUCAAUAAUAACCACCAUUCCCACCAUCACAACCAUAAGAUUGACCACAGGUACCAUAGAAACUCGAUUGCCAGUCAUGCAGGCUCUAGGGCAAUUCAUAGUCAGACACACGAAGAUGGCGACUAUGAAGUGAUUACCGCAUAUGUAAUGGACGAUAAUCACUCGGUGCAGGACCAAGAUUUGCACUCGGGACCACCGUCAAUCAAGGUUAGCGCAAGACAGCGUCCGAGUCUUGGGCACGGAUUCUCAGUAGAUUACUCUAUGGAUGGGAUGAGGCAUGCUCGUAACAGUCGUAAUCGUACUGAUCUUACCACUCGUAAUAAGAGUGUUGAUUCGAUAGAGGAAAUCACCUCGGUUAACUCGGCAGAAACACGCAGUAACCAAGAAGGCAACGAAACCAUUGAGGACAAUAAACUUACCAACGAUGAAAAUUGGACGGAUAUUAAUCUGAACGAAGAUGGCGAAGUGCAUCAUAAAGAGGACACGCGUAACAUGCAGAAUUUAACGCAUGGCGGUCAUAUUGAUAUCGAAGGCAAUAUUCAAAAUGAGCGCGGGGAGAAGCAACAUUCCGAGAUUUCCGUUGUACGCGUUCCGGAGAACAUUAUUCAGACUACGACUCAAGUCCGACCUGAUGAUCUACCCGUGAACAACCUAGUCGAACACAUUCCAAUACCCACUCCCUCGCGUGAAGCAUCGCUGACGCAAAAACUAGAAAUGGCACUCGGUUCAGUUUGUCCUCUUUUGCGGGAAAUUAUGGUCGAUUUUGCUCCUUUCUUGUCGAAAACCUUAGUAGGCUCGCAUGGACAGGAAUUAUUAAUGGAAGGCAAAGGCCUGACCACUUUCAAAAAUAGCAAUUCGGUCGUUGAGCUUGUAAUGCUAUUGUGCUCACAGGAAUGGCAAAACUCGCUUCAGAAGCACGCCGGUCUUGCGUUUAUUGAACUCAUCAAUGAGGGUCGUCUUUUAUCCCAUGCCAUGAAGGAUCACAUUGUGCGCGUUGCCAACGAGGCCGAAUUUAUUUUGAAUCGCAUGAGGGCCGACGAUGUGCUCAAGCACGCAGAUUUUGAAUCGCAAUGCGCUCAAACUCUGCUCGAUCGGAAAGAGGAGGAGAGAAUGUGCGACCAUCUUAUUACAGCGGCGAGGCGGCGGGAUAAUGUGAUUGCGAGUCGCCUACUGGAAAAAGUUAGAAAUAUCAUGUCCAAUAAACAUGGCGCUUGGGGAUAUAUGGAUCCGCAAGGAGCAAAGUUAACAGAGUUUUGGAAAUUGGAUGCCUGGGAGGAUGACGCACGCAGAAGGAAACGCUUUGUGCAUAAUCCUUUGGGAUCCAGUCAUCCGGAAGCCACAUUGAAAGCGGCUUUGGAGCAUGGCGGGCCAGAAGAUGCAAUAUUACAGGCACGCGAAGAAAUUCAUGCACAAUUGGCCGCGACGCGUAAUCAACAACAGCAACAAAUGCAAAAUGACUUGAUGGACGACAACGAAUUGCUAAUGGACGACCGCGAAAUGGAUAACGAUUUAACAGGACCUGUCAACAUUAGCACCAAGGCGAAAUUAAUCGCGCCCGGCAUCGUCGCACCUGGCAUCGUCUCGAUCACGUCUACUGAGCUCUACUUCGAAGUGGACGAAGACGACGAAGAGUUUCAGAAGUACGACACUGAGGUCUUGAAAUACUGUGACCAUCUGCAUGGCAAGUGGUACUUCUCGGAAGUGCGGGCGAUUUUCUCUCGAAGAUAUCUGCUUCAGAAUGUUGCGAUUGAAAUCUUUUUGGCCAGCAGAACAUCGAUACUUUUUGCGUUCCCGGACCAAGCCACCGUGAAAAAAGUCAUCAAAGUUCUUCCACGUGUUGGCGUCGGAAUCAAAUAUGGCAUUCCACAAACAAGACGUGCGAGUAUGAUGUCUCCGCGGCAAUUAAUGCGAAAUUCCAACAUGACACAGAAAUGGCAGCGGCGCGAGAUUUCCAACUUUGAGUACUUGAUGUUCCUCAAUACGAUAGCAGGACGGACUUACAACGAUCUCAAUCAGUAUCCCGUCUUUCCGUGGGUACUGACAAAUUACGAGAGCAAAGAGCUCGACCUUAGUCAGCCCAACAACUACAGGGACCUUUCGAAACCCAUCGGCGCUCUCAAUCCCAGCCGUCGCGCUUACUUUGAAGAACGUUACAAUACCUGGGAUCAUGAGAGUAUUCCGCCAUUCCACUAUGGUACUCACUAUUCGACUGCCACGUUUGUCUUAAAUUGGCUCAUCCGCGUGGAACCGAUGACCACCAUGUUCUUGGCCAUACAGGGCGGAAAGUUUGAUCAUCCCGAUCGCCUCUUUUCUUCUAUAGCACUUUCGUGGAAGAACAGUCAACGCGAUACUUCAGAUGUCAAAGAAUUGAUUCCGGAGUUUUUCUUCUUACCUGAGAUGUUUGUGAAUUCAAAUCGUUAUCGUUUGGGUAAUCAGGAUAGCGGUAGUGUUGUCGACGAUGUGGAGCUGCCUCCAUGGGCCAAUUCUCCCGAAGAGUUUGUGAGGAUUAAUCGCAUGGCGUUGGAGUCCGAAUUUGUCUCAUGUCAAUUACACCAAUGGAUCGAUUUGAUCUUUGGGUACAAGCAGCGCGGACCCGAGGCUAUCCGAGCGACGAAUGUGUUUUACUAUCUGACGUACGAAGGAAAUGUUGAUAUGGAUUCUAUUACGGAUAAAGUAAUGCGUGAAGCCAUUGAGAAUCAAAUUCAUAAUUUCGGACAGACUCCAUCACAGUUAUUGAUGGAACCACAUCCGCCGAGGAGUUCAGCUAUGCAUCUGUCUCCGAUGAUGUUCUCUACCAUUCCUGAUGACGUCUGCAUGACGAUGAAGUUCUUGUCAAACUCGCCGAUUGUUCACAUCUCGGCGAAUACCUAUCCGCAGUUACCGCUGCCGUCGGUGGUCACGGUGACCAUGCAUCAGCAGUUUGCUGUGAACAGGUGGAAUACCGGAUAUGCUGCGUUGGCGCAGAGUCCCAGCUAUGCAGAUUCACCACAAAAUGCCGGAUCAAAUUUACCACUAUCAAUGGAUCCGGUUUUGUCGCAAACAAAUAAUAGUACAAAUCCAAUGUUGCGCCGCCAUUUGGGUGAUAACUUUAGCCAGAAUCUACGCAUACGCUCCAAUUGCUUUGUCACCACGGUCGACAGCAAGUUUUUAGUCGCGUGCGGCUUCUGGGACAAUAGUUUCCGCGUUUUCUCUACGGAAACAGCGAAGAUUGUUCAGAUCGUCUUCGGGCACUAUGGCGUCGUCACUUGUCUGUCGCGCUCCGAGUGUAAUAUCACUUCGGAUUGCUACAUAGCCUCCGGGUCUGCUGACUGCACCGUGUUAUUGUGGCACUGGAAUGCCAGGACGCAGACGAUUGUUGGUGAGGGUGAGGUCCCAACGCCACGGGCGACGUUAACCGGACAUGAACAACCGGUGACGGCGGUUGUCAUCUCGGCGGAGCUUGGACUUGUUGUUUCCGGCUCAACUAAUGGUCCUGUGUUAGUUCACACUACUUUCGGGGAUCUUUUACGAUCUUUGGACGCUCCUACUGGUUUCAACUCGCCGGGGAAUAUUGCUAUGUCAAGGGAAGGCGUGAUUGUAAUUAAUUACGAAAAGGGAAACAUUGCCGCCUUUACAAUCAAUGGCAAACGACUAAGACACGAAUCACAUAAUGAUAACUUACAGUGCCUAAUAUUGAGUCGUGAUGGAGAAUAUCUAAUGACUGGCGGGGACAAAGGCAUCGUUGAGGUUUGGAGGACGUUCAAUUUAGCAUUGUUGUAUGCCUUUCCAGCGUGUGAUAGCAGCGUGCGCUCGUUGGCACUAUCGCACGACCAAAAGUUUCUGCUAGCCGGUCUAGCGUUAGGAUCGAUCGUCGUUUUUCACAUCGACUUCAAUAGGUGGCAUCACGAGUUCCAGCAACGCUACUAAAUUUACAUUACUAACAUUUAAGCAAACAAAAAAAAACAAGUUUACCAAGUAUUAGUAAGGGCAAGUAUUAUAUGAAUAGGUUAUUUCCACAGAUAGUACGCAUUUAUUUAAAUUACUAGCUAUUUUAACCGUUCUUAUUUUAACUUUCUUGGGGUUGGUGAGGUUUUACAAUUCGAUAUCUAAGUUUUAAUCAGUGCAAUACGGACAUUUGUGUACAUGUACUUAAUUAACUUUGCUCAGCACGGCAAGGGGAACAUAUUGUGAUUAGAUUAAGUUUGAUUGGUUGUUCGCGGACACGCCGAUUAGGGAAAAUGUUGUUAAAUAACUUAGGUUUUUGCAUAAUUUGCUAGUAAGAUGUAAUAUUGAUUAAACUGAUACUUAAUGAAGACUUUUAGCAAAAGAAAAAAACAUGAUGUGCGUUACUGAUUUGUUUUAUUAUUUUAGCUGGUACAUUUACUAAGAUAUAAAGUAUAAACGAACCAUGUUGUGGUGUGGCUUCGCAAAUCGGAUAUUUACCAUCAUCGGACACUCACGAAUUUCACAUAAAUUUGUAAAGUACGAGCACAUCCUUACAGCUUUCAAGCUUGCACGAUAUUCCUAAGGCCAACAAUGUUGUUAAGCCUCUCGUUAGGCAAAUGUUUUUAAAUACAAGCUUGCGCGGACACACAAGCAUUCUGUAACGUUGUGUCAGCGGAGAUUGUAUUGUUUUAAAUAUAACAUUCCCUCCAGCGUGUGUAUAAUAAUUAUAAUGCUAAUAAUGAAACUAUACUUAAUAUAAAUAUAUAAAUAUAUUAUACUGAUAAAAUGCAUAAUGAUAAUUAUAUAUUGCAAAUCUGUCCAGAUGAAUCAAACUUAUUGUAAAUAAGUAAUAUUGUUUUUUACAUAAUCGCUACAAUCGUAAAGCAAAAGUAAUAAUACAAGAAAAUUAUGUGAGGAAUUGUACUUACUGUAAGUAAUUAUUAUAGUGUGUAUGUUUGAUGUUAGUUAUAUAAUAUACUUCUUUGUAUACACGUA